AUGUCGAACUUGAAGUAUUUCGAUUACGACGGCUAUGGCAAAUUCGCCCGUGAAAACUACGGAUACAGCCAAGCAGUUCGUGUGGGGGACCGAAUCGAGAUUUCGGGACAAGGUGCAUGGGACCCCAACUCGGCUCCUCCAGUCUUUCCUACAGAUUUAAAGGCGCAGAUCGACCAGGCUUUCUGCAAUAUUGACCACGCUUUGAAAAGCGCUGGCGGUCAGGGAAUUUCGCAGGUGUUUCGCAUCAACUCAUACCACCCCAAUCUCUCGCGGGAGGCCCUUAGCUCUAUGAAGGAGAACUUGGAAAAGUGGUUUCCGGAUCACAGGCCCAUAUGGACGGCAGUAGGUGUGGAGAAGCUCGCCUUUCCAGAGAUGCUCAUUGAGAUCGAGGCUGUUGCUUACGAUCCACAAGGAGCAUAA